GAAUUAUAGGGAGCAGGUUGGCUGACUGGAAGAAAACCUCCAGAGCAUGUGUGAAAUUACACCUAGCAACAGGCUUCACUAAUAUUCACGAACAAAUCAAAAAUCGCGAAAAAUGGGUUCGACGGGAUGCUCACCGUGUCGGAAUGCAUUCCGACAUCUUCUGCUUACGUUGGGCUUUUUCUGCCUAACUUCUGUUAAUUCGAACUAUAUUAUUAUUAAUUUUACAUUUAUUUGUAUGGCAAGGCCGUUGAUGAGCGAUGACAUGUCGCCGGCUGGAAAUGAUACAUCCACAGUAUUGGACUAUAAACCAUCGGAAAAGAGUGCGAUCUUGUGGGCUGUUGCCAUUGGAACCAUUGCGGGAACAUUCCCAGUCAAUUAUUUCUACACGAAAUAUGGAGCUCGAUGGCCGUUCUUCAUAGCCGGAAUGAUGUCGGCGAUAUCGACAGCAUUGAUGCCGCUGGCGGCGUUCUAUCAUCUUUAUUUAUUGCUGUUUCUUCGAUUAGUACAGGGUCUCGCGUAUGCAGCGAACUUCGGCGCGAUUGGAACACUUUGUGUCCGUUGGGCUCCACUUGCUGAAGUCAGUAUAUUUAUUAGUGUCUUAACUAGUUUUACUCCAGUAUCAGCUGUCGUCACGAACCCUCUCUCUGGCUGGCUCUGCAACACAAGGAUGGGGUGGCCGGGGGCUUACUACACUCAUGCCGCCUUCUGCUUCAUAGUAUUUAUAUUGUGGAUUGCUUUAUACAAAGACGAUCCACAAAAUCAUCCAAGUGUCAGUGAAAAAGAAUUGGCAAAAAUUCAUAAGGAUAAAACUCGUGCGCAUAUUGAACGUGACAGUUUUGUACCAUAUAGGCAACUUCUCUCAAACAAAGUGAUUUGGAUUGUUUGGUUCAAUGCAUUUGUUGAAAUGGUGGCCGUAACUUUGCUGUUGACCUAUGCACCGUUAUAUUUUCACAAAAUUUUGGGAUACGAUAUUGGACUCACAGGAACCCUCGUUUCACUCUCUUCCAUCAUUCAUCUUCCCAUCAAAUUCGUAGGUGGAAUAAUCAGUGACCGAUUGACAAGCGUCUCCGAAAAGCACAGAAUGUGGUUUUUCAAUACGAUGGCCGUAGGAUUGGCAGGAGUUUGCACUGCACUGGUCGGAAUCUUCCCGGCCAGUUGGCCGGCAAUGGGUGUCGCAAUGUUCGCAUCUGUUAUAACGCUUAUGGGCCUAAAUACUGGCGGCUUCUACAAGUGCGGGACGUUAUCUGCAAGGCAAUACGCCCAUGUUGUGCUUACUGUUAUACAGUUCAUGAAGUGUGUAGCACUGUUUGUGGCACCAGCAACUGUUGCGAUGUUCGUUAGCAAAGAAGACGAAUACGAUCAAUGGCGUUAUGUAUACUGGCUUCAUGGAUUUUUCCUUGUAUUAGCAAAUUGCAUGUUCUACCCUAUAGCUACUGAUAAACCGGCCUCAUUUACAAAGAUAACAAGAGCUGGAAAAGAAGAUGAAGAAGCAGCAGAAAAGCUACAGAACGGAAAUGUGGAAGGCAUGGAACUCAAUGAUGCUUCCUAAUACCUAAUUCAACUAGCAAUCAUCUUGAGAAGACCUCCUUGUUACUUAUCAAAUUUUGAUAGUACAGCUAUUGUUACUAGAUAGUGCAGUAUUGUGUUUGUGAUGUUUAUUUAUAGUUGUUUAGGAGUCGUGCUCUAUUAUAAAAUUGUUGAAAAUGUGUACGUGACGAGGUCUUUCUGUGUGAUUGUGACUCAAGUAUUGUUUCGAUGAGCUUACGACAAUGAAUUGCAUC